CACGGUAUCUUCACCAUGAACGCCAUACCGCUGGCUCUGCUCCUUAUCACUCCCUUCGACAGUGCCAUCUUUCAGGGAGAAUCUUGUUUAUCAACAUCUUACUAUGGUACAUAUCGUGAUGGAGCAGCGUAUCAGGCCGUAUACGCUCCUGAGCAAGCAUGCAUAGACAAUUGGUUAUCAGACUUUACUGCAGAGUCUGCCACGAUAUCCGGCGCGUUUCACCCAAUUCAGCAACUUGUGUGGGUUGAGGAAGAGUCGGUGGAUGAGACCUUGAAAUCUCAGGUGGUUUCGCUAGGGAGUGGACUGGAUAGUUUUCUGGAGAGGCUAUCGUUGCCGUCUCGCCAGCCUUACCGUGGAUUGGACCAGGCUCUAGAGGACCACGAACAAGAUGUCCUUACAGACAGAGAACAGGAGAUUCAGUACGAAUUUCUCUAUCGGUCUCCCCAAGCUGCAUUGCUGUCAGUCAGCCACGAUAAGGCGCGCAUCAUUGACACGCUUGUUCCACGGUUCUGGAAAUCGACUAUCCUGCCAACGUCGCCUGUUGACUACAUCCCUGUCCCUUCGUAUGCUACGCAGCGUAUUCAGGAUGUGAUCACGGUUGUCGAAUUCGAUCCCGUCAUUGCGUCUCUGGUCAACAGCCUGUCUGUCGCACAGAUGAAGAACGACAUCCGCUUUCUCACCGGAGAAGACGGGAAGUCAGGAAUUAUUUCACGGCACUCCUUUGCUGAGGGAUCGCGAACAGUAGCGUCGUGGCUGAAGGAUCGGAUUGAGGAUACCGGCGCUAUUUGCGAACUGAAGCCUUUCCUCUCGGGUUUCGCGCCCAACGUCGUAUGUCGAUAUGAAGCUAUUGUGAACACGUCUGAAACGGUGCUCAUCAGCGCCCACUACGACAGCCGUGGAUCCUUUGGCAGCACCCGCGCGCCUGGGGGGGAUGACGAUGGCUCGGGUACCACAGGGAUUCUCUCCAUCGCGCGCGCUAUUGGAGCGAAAGGCAUCAAGUUCCAUGCUAACGUCGAACUCGUCUUGUUCGCUGGAGAGGAGCAAGGCUUACUAGGCUCCAGAGCUUACUCCCGUGAAUUGAGGGAUGCUGGGUCGAAUCUCACACUCGUGAUACAAGCAGACAUGAUUGCGUAUCAUGCUUUUGAUGAGCCCGCUCAAUUGGGUCUUCCCAAAACUAUUGGUAGCCCAGAAGUUGGAGACCUUGUUUCUACCAUUGCUGGGAUCUACAGCCCGGAACUGGUUGUUGGAUACACCUCAGCUUGCUGCAGUGACCAUCAAUCCUUUCAUGAGCAAGGAUUUCCAGCCACGCAAGUGUUCGAGCGAGCAGGACCAAUUAUUGACCCCAUGUACCACAAUAGCGGUGACCUGAGUGACCGAGAGGGAUACGAUCUCGAACAAUUAAAGGCAAUAGCUAAAGUUCAGUUCGCUACAGUGCUUCAUGUUACUGGUUUCGAUCUUGCAAAGUAAUGAUCUGUUAGGCCACGUAUAGCCGUAUCUUUAAUGCCCAUGUCUGGACUAGAGGAAUCCUAUAAUUUAACUAUUAUCAUAUGUAGAGCGAACGGCGGCGUCAACGUCGCUACGCGAAGACUUUCGCACGAAUGGCAGCCAAGAGAAUAGUCUUAUAAUCUCCUCCUGUUUCCCACAUUGCAAAUCCAGCAAGACCCAUAUCAGUAAUGAAUUGUCCUUUGGCCGCAAAGGACUCAGCGUUGUCAUAGGAUAUCAUAACCUCGGUUGUGGUGUUAUAGAUGAAAGG